GAGUUGAAGUCGUGGACGUGAGGCCAGAUCCAAACUUGCCAGCAUGCAGCCUCGCCUCGUCCUCGUCCUCGCCGCGAUCCUCGUCGGCGUCCAUAGCCGCCCGCAGUACGUAUCGCGGCUUCCCAACGGCGAGAAUGUCCCAGGCGUCAGCGCCAUCGGCCACGUCAACCCGAGCGGCGGCGGCAGCCGCAACGCUUUUGGGAGCGACUUUAGCACCAACGGGCUCGCGUGGAACACGGCGCUGUGCCAGCUCGACUCGGAUGGCGACGGCGCAACCAACGGCGAAGAGCUCGGCGAUCCGUGCUGCACGUGGAAGGCUGGCGCGACGCUUGCAUCCAAGGCGACGCCAACCCACCCGGGCGUCAAGAACAUGUUUACGACGGCGCAGCUUGCAUCGCUCAAGUGCGCCUCGUCCGCCAACAGCACGACGUUGCCGUCGGCUGGCGGCAACGCUUCGGACGCGAAUACCGCUGCUCCGUCCGUGACGUACCCGACGCCCAAGCCCACCUCGGGCGCCGUCUCGUACGCAGCGGCCACAACCCUCGUGGGGACGGUCGUCGCGGCUCUCUAUUGACUUUAAAAAUACAG